GAACUGGGCAGAGAACACAGAAAGCCAGAGAAGCCAGAUAGAGCUGGUUAUAGAAUCUAGAAACACACAGAGAGAAACUCAUACUGUGUAACUCUGACUAUCAUCACAAACUAAAUAGAUUCCAGAGCCUCUUUAGCUAUCUGUUGCAGCUUCUCCAAUUUUCACAGCAAAACCCAAUUCUUUCUCUCAUCAACGUCAGAGACUGGAGUCGGGGAAGAAAAAGAUAGUUUAUGGGGGAAGACGCAGGAAGAGGUUUGGAAUGCCAGAAGACUAUGGAUGGGAAGGGGAGCAACAGAAACGGUUCAGAGAAGGCCAUCCCUUCUUGUUGCUUGAAGGCUAGGGCUUCAGACCCUGAGGCUGAUGCAAUAUGCCAUUCUACUGUUGUUUCUGGGUGGUUUUCAGAAUCCCAAUCUCGCGCAGAUAAGGCUAGUAAAAAGACUUACUUCAACAAUCCGAUGUGGCCUGGUGAAGCCCACUCAUUGAAAGUAGAAAAUAUUCUAUACAAGGGAAAAUCAGAGUUCCAAGAGGUUUUGGUUUUCGAGUCUUCAACAUAUGGAAAAGUGCUUGUUCUUGAUGGCAUUAUUCAGCUGAGUGAGAAGGAUGAAUGUGCAUACCAGGAGAUGAUAACUCAUCUACCUCUUUGUUCGAUUCCCUCCCCCAAAAAUGUUCUGGUUGUGGGUGGUGGUGAUGGCGGAGUUCUUAGGGAGAUUUCGCGCCAUUCGUCUGUUGAGCAUAUUGAUAUAUGUGAGAUAGAUCAGUUGGUUAUAGAUGUGUCUAAAAAGUUUUUUCCAGAGUUAGCUGUUGGAUUUGAGGACCCUCGUGUCCAUCUUCAUGUCGGUGAUGCUACUGAAUUCCUAAGGAAUGCACCUAAAGGGAAAUAUGAUGCUGUAAUUGUUGAUUCAUCAGAUCCUGUAGGUCCUGCUCAGGAGCUUGUAGAGAAGCCAUUUUUUGAGACAGUAGCUAGAGCAUUAAGGCCUGGCGGUGUUCUAUGUAACAUGGCAGAGAGUAUGUGGCUCCAUACACAUCUUAUUGAGGAUAUGAUCUCUGUUUGCCAGCUAACAUUCAAGGGGUCAGUUAACUAUGCAUGGACGAGUGUUCCCACAUAUCCAAGUGGUGUUAUAGGUUUUCUGCUAUGUUCAACAGAAGGGCCUCCUGUUGAUUUUAAAAAUCCAGUCAAUUCCAUUGAGAAAUUGGCAGGAGCUGUCAACCACAAAAGAGAACUUCGGUUCUAUAACUCUGAGAUGCACUCAGCUGCCUUUGCCUUGCCUGCAUUUUUGAGGAGGGAGGUGAGCGCACUCCAUGAUUCUUCAAAUCCAGCAAGACGAAAUGGCUCGUCCUAGUAAAUAAGUAGCUAUGACUGGUUACUCUGUCCUCCUGAUUAUUGAAAUGUGUACUGCAUGGAAGAAUAGAAACUAGGUAAUUAUCGUGUAGAUGGAGCUUGUCAUCAGUGGGGGUUUACGUUUUACUGUGAGCUUAUGUCUCGAGUGGCCUAUUUCUAUAUGUUUAGCCCUGUGACAUUAUUGGAUCUUAUGAGUAAUUUGCUCAGAAAUCAAAUAAUUAUGGAUUUGAAAU